UUGAUAAGUCGAAGAAGAAAAUUGAAAAAAAAAGCUCAGAUUCGGUCAUAAGAAAUAUUUGUUGUUAUAAUUUUAAUAAUGUCUCAUAACGAGCGUUUAGUGUUUAUUGUUCGAUGCAUUUUCUUCACUUUAAGCCUAAAUGUAUGCCAUAUUACUGCGCAAAAUCUGCUCGCAACAAAUGAAGACAAUUUUCAGGCUGAAAAAAAUGGCAAUAACCACGGUAAUCCGGUCACCUCCUAUUAUCGACACAAUAUCUAUGGUCCCAACACAUAUGCUUUUGGUUUUGAGGUGAAUGACAAGGCCACUGGCAACAUUCAGUUUAGAGAUGAACAACGAUAUGCCAAUGGCAGCAUAAAAGGCUCCUAUGGCUAUGUCCGGCCGGAUGGAAGUGUUAGUAUAACACAUUUUAUGGCUGACCGCGAGCGGGGUUAUUUGAGCCAAACACAAAAUUUCGAACCUGGUGAUCAAGCCAAAUGGGCUGCAAUUUGGCCUACGAAAAAACCCAACAUUUUAAUGGAUAAGCCACCAGAGCCCCUACAGCCAGAAGUGAAAUACGAUGAAGAGGAGAAAAUGAAUUUAACUUCGAUAUUGUUGCCUUUGGAACCUAUUAAGGCAGAGCAUGGCAUAGAUUUGAAUCCCACAGAUUUGGAAAAAGAGUUGGUGAAUCCUGCCGUCCUAGAGGUGAUCAAUGGCGAUGUUCCUUUACUGGCCAACAACAAGAAGAAGGCUGAUGAAAUAGGCUUUUCCACAUUUAAUGAGCUCAUUCAUCCCAACUUCCCCAUAAUACCAUUUGAGUUGCCCCAUCCUGAGGCUGUCAGCAAAGAAGCGCCAGUUGCUGAAAAUCAACUAAAAGACAUGGCCCAAUCAAAAUCCAAUAAGUAUGAUGAGCAGAAAAUAAAUAAUGCUGAAAAGAUUUUAGCUGCACCAAAUUUGCAGGCUAGUCCUGCCGAGAAGUAUGUAAAAUCUAAAGAAAAUAAUGCCGAGAAAUCUUUGCCCACUGAAACUUUAAAAAUGGCAACAGCCCAUAGCUCUGAAGGCGAUGUAAGAACUCAAACUAAAGCGAAAUCACUGCCUUUGGAUAGCAAGGGCUGGGAUGAUCGAGUUAUAGGGGCAGCUCGACAGGAAUAUCAACAGGAUAAAAAUUAAAUUACGAAUUAUUAGAUUAUAGGAAUCAUAA